CCGUGGCUUGGCGAAGGGACCAGAAGUAAAAGUGGGUGAGUGAACAACAAUGAUGCUUGUGCCUCCUCCGAACCUUGACCCACAGUUGCCAAGACAAAAACGCCCCCAUCAGUCUACCAGGGGAAACAAUCCCUUCCCCGCUCCCAGCAUCUAAGGGGGAUGUGAGAGCGCAAUCUGAAAUAACAGAAGCCCUGCGGCCCCGGGACGCGCAGUCUGCGAGCAGCCCUUCCCAAAAUGCCACCCCGCAGAGACUCGGGCUCAGCCAAUGAGAGCCUGAGCGCCUGGGAUAAUGAGAUGCCGCAGCCGCAACUGGACCAAUCGGAAGACAGGAGCUACCCAGAGGAGAGGAUGGGAGGGGAAGGCAAGAGGGAGAAGGAACGAUGGAAAGGGGAAAAGAUCAAACAAGUUACUCACCUUGGGAAGCUAGGGACUCUUCCCUAUACUCUGCAGGGCCCCUCCUUCAAUCCAAGGAAAAGGGUCCCAAGUCACUUUCUCCGCAUCCUGAGACUGCUCCCUUGCAAGAAAGCGAGGAGAGGGGAGAAAGUAAAAGUGUUUUGUUUUGUUUUUUCUGCUGGGGGUACAGGAGAGAGUGAUAGCUUAGUCGUCCUGGGCUGAGCUCGAGCUCGUGGGGUACCUCGUGGGGCUCCCGGGCAAGGGGAGGGUCGGCGGACCGUGACUGAGCCCCGGCUGCUCGAUGCUGGGGCCAUGGACAGAGCAGCUCUCCCGAGACUGCCUCGCCUCUGCGUCCUGUGGGCUACUCUGCUCGCCCUGUUCCCCUGCGGAGUCCACGGAAACUGGAUGUGGCUGGGUAUUGCCUCUUUUGGGGUCCCAGAGAAACUAGGUUGCACCAACUUGCCUCUGAGCGGCCGUCAGAAGGAACUGUGCAAAAGGAAACCUUAUCUGCUACCCAGCAUCCGAGAAGGGGCACGACUGGGCAUCCAGGAGUGCAAGAGCCAGUUCAAACAUGAGAGGUGGAACUGCCAGGUGUUCUCGGCCGCUGUCCCUGCCCCCGCCCCCGCCGCGCCCCCGGCACCCUCGCCCGGAGCCACCCCUCUCUUCGGCUACGAACUGAGCAGCGGCACCAAAGAAACAGCAUUUAUUUAUGCGGUGAUGGCAGCAGGUCUGGUGCAUUCUGUGACAAGAUCAUGCAGUGCAGGGAACAUGACAGAGUGCUCCUGUGACACCAACUUGAAGAAUGGUGGCUCAGCUACUGAAGGCUGGCAUUGGGGUGGCUGCUCUGAUGACAUUCAGUACGGCAUGUGGUUUAGUAGAAAGUUCUUGGAUGUCCCCACCAAAAACACCACUGGAAAAGAUGGGAAACUGUUAGCAAUGAAUCUGCAUAAUAACGAAGCCGGGAGGCAGGCAGUAUCCAAGUUGAUGUCAGUCGACUGCCGCUGCCAUGGAGUUUCAGGUUCCUGUGCUGUGAAAACUUGCUGGAAAACCAUGUCUUCCUUUGAAAAGAUUGGGCAUUUUCUAAAAGAUAAGUACGAAAACAGCGUGCAAAUAUCGGAUAAGAUGAAAAGAAACAUGCGCAGGAGAGAAAAAGACCAGAGAAAGACAUCAGUGCGCAAGGAAGAUCUCCUCUACAUUAACAAAUCGCCCAAUUACUGUGUAGAAGAUCGCAAAUUAGGCAUCCCUGGGACGCAGGGUAGAGAGUGCAAUCGUACUUCCGAAGGAGCCGAUGGGUGUAAUCUCCUCUGUUGUGGGAGAGGCUACAACACCCACGUAGUCAGACACGUGGAGAGGUGCGAAUGCAAAUUUGUCUGGUGCUGUUACGUUCGAUGCAGAAGGUGUGAAAGCAUGACCGACGUCCACACCUGCAAAUAAGCAGGAUUCUGUCCAGAAUCAUGCUCUCUGGUGAUACACAACCAAGAUUUAACUGCAGUGUGUGUGUGUGUGUGUGUGUGUGUGUGUGAGUGAAUUUUAAGGAAAGGUUAAUGAAGUUGAAUCAAGUCCGUCAUCAUGUCUGGAUUUUACUCUAACAUCAUCUUCUAAUUAAAAGCAAGUUGGAUUCCCUGAAAUUCCAAAGGUUCGAUUCAAUUCAGCAAACAUUAAGCACCUGCCCUGUGCAAGCGUUUUUUGGAUUCAUCUUUGUUUAGAUGCCUUUUGGGUAGGGGACAAGGAACAAGGAAAAGUAUUAAAGAAUCUCUAAAGAGAAACAAGUUCAUGGAGAUGUCAGUUCAUGAUGAAGAACUUGACCCAUAAUUGGCAUAAUUUGCUUAAAUGUGAAUUUGAUCGAGCAGAUAUAGUAAUUAUUUUUAAAAGAAUAUUGCUUACAACAAGGAGCACUUAAGCAAGGAUGUUAUCACAUUUGUCAGUAUUUUUGAAGGCUUUACAAAGAGUUCCUGGAAAAUGAAACUGUUAAUACGUUCAUGGAAGUGGCAUAAAAGCAUUUACCCUUUUAUCUACUUAAAGACAAAUUACCAAAAGUAUUAGGGGGAAAAAACAUAUCUCUUAAACCAUGGUACCUAUUAAAUAUAGCUGGUAUCAAAGGGAAAUAGAAAUCUUAUUUUUUAAAAAGUUGUAAGGUUUGAAUCUUAAUUUUCUAUCUAAACACAUGGAUCACAAAAAAAAAUCACUUAUCCUAAUAACUGGUUUUUAGACACAAAUUAAUAGACUAAUACAAAUUGCCUAAGCUAUGUGAUUUUUAAGAGAAAAAAAUCCCUGAGUGUUACAAAUCUGUGAAGAAAAAAAGUUUAUUGGAUGUUAAAAUAUUUUGAAAUGUAUGAAAUAACACUGUUUAAAUAUGUAAAGACAGUAUUAUGUAUAGUAUUUUGAUAAGAAAUUUUUAUAUUUUGUAAAUAUAGUAUUUAAAUUAUAUGAACUAUAUGAAAUUCUUAAACCAUGUCCUUGUUAAGAACUCAGAACAAAGGUAAUAAGACCAUCUUUGAAAUCAUAAUAUCAAUCCUUGACUUGUUUGCUUAAGUAGACUAAAAAUCAUUUGAAUGGUUACCUGGGUUUAAUAUAUGGGUUUCUUACCAGAAAGGCAAUUUUGUGUUACAGAUUGUUUACAAGUUGUAAUUCUAUUACCUGAAUAGUCAACAUGAGGUUCUUUUUUACACAUACAAACACUAUUUUUAAUUGUUUAAAUGGAGAUAUUAAGAUCUAUUUUACAUCAUCUGAAAAAGAAACUUAAAAAUGGAAGUACAAAGGCCAAUUUUAUGAAUCUGUCAUAUUUGUAAGAUUAGGUUUCAUUAUUUAAAUUUUGUUCAUUUUCCUACAUUUUGAAAACAUCUGUGAUUAUGCCUAUUGGUUAAAAAAAAUUCCAUAUGCUUCAAAAUUCCAAAUUAAAUGUGCUUUGACUUUUAUAAGUUUACUAAUGAUAGAAUUUCUAUCUAUGGCACUUAAAUAGAUUUCUUAAGCACAAAGUAUAGAUAUUUUCUGUAACAUUCUAUUGAAUAUAUUAAUUUUUCUCAUCAUUCAUUUUCCUCAUUUAUCAAGGUAGACAGGGAUUUAUGAAAAAUAGCAACCCUAUGAAAAAUGUCAAAGGUUCAGGUGCUAAGCGUAAGGCUAAAAGUUUAACUGUGACCCUUCAAGUUUAGCAACAGUGGUCAUUCCAGUUUCAGAGCUGACAUGAUCCUGGAAACAACCAAAUGCUUUUCUGAAAGUGAUGAUUUUCCAAUUCUGGAUAAUAACCUGACUAUAUGAGAAACAAUCCACAAUUUUCUGUUUUGAAUAAGUAGAUAAAGUAGGUAAGUGCAAUUCCCCCUGUAUUACUCAUUUCCUAAUCGUCUUAUUACACAACCUUUCAAUGUAUUUCUACCUACACUCAGAUGAGAUGUGAAUAUAACUGAGAACACCAUUAAAAACACAGGUGGUGAAAGGCAAAUGUCAGUGCCAGCUUAUCUGGGUGUGAAUGUAAGAACACAUUCCAAUCUGUAUGAUUUCAUCUUUCCAAUAGUUUAAAAAUGAUACAGCUGCAUAUUUUUUUUUAAGUUUUCAACACUUAUUUUUAUUAAGAUUUU